CGCAAGCAACUCCACCCUUCUUAACGCGCGCCCUCCACCACGUCCCAACUCCGAACCCCCUUCGUCUCGUCUUCCCUUUCGCAUUCCCUUUGCCUACCACCACCAACCUCUCGCAAGCUUCCUCCCCAGCUCGCCAGGCAAGCUACCACGCGUACGUGCAUUACAGCCUUGUUGCUUUGCUUCCUUAGCUAGUUUCUCCGUUCGGUCGUCUCAACCUGUGGCUACAACUACAAGGGCAGAUGCUGUAGCUAGGUCGGCCUCGACCGGCCCCAUCCAUGAAUCCUCUCGGCCGGCAAAAGCAUGCGCGGUCGCCAUGAGACGACCUGACGCCGCCGCAGCCACCGUCGUCGUCCUCCUGUGGCUCGCCGUGCUCACCGUCGCGUUCCACGGCUGCGGUCGCCGUGGCUGCGGUGGCUUGCUGGCGAGGCGAACGGGCUCGGUCGUCGCCGUCGUCCCGGCAAGGAAGAUGCUGCUCGCCGCGACGAGCUCCGACGACGCUGCGGCCUCCUCAUCGACUGAUCAAAGCCACCACCACCACCACCAGCACCACCAGCACCAUCGGCAUCAGCAUCACCAUCUCCACCGAUGGAACCGGCAGGGCAUUCCGCCACCGUCCGCGGUUGGCCAGGGCAGCAAGGAGAUCGAUCCGCGGUACGGCGUGGAGAAGAGGCUGGUGCCCACGGGCCCGAACCCCUUGCAUCACUGACACUGAGAGGCUGGUACGCGCUCAGCACGUGCAUGGGUCGAGGAGUUUCUCAUGGCAGUCGUCCAAGCCGAUUCGAAUUGUUCCUUGGUGAGUGGCGCACAUCAUCUUGCUGUGUUGAUCAAUCGAGUUUUUGGAGUCCGGUAUUCUUUGAUUGUAGAGUGGAUGGGUGCGGAAGCAAGCCAGCUUGUUGGUGCGAUCAUCAUCGCACGCCUUCAUAUUCAUUGGAAAUCGUGUGUUUCAUGUAUGUAAUCUUGGUUUGAAAGCUGUAAAGCAACUUAGCAAGGGAAACGAAAGAGAGAGAGAGGACAAUCUCUAGCUAGCUAAAUACAGUACAUAUAAGUUACGCUGAUGAGGAGAGGAUACGGUUAUCCUUGGUUUCCUUUUUUCCCAUCCCAAUUGCAUUCAUUUUCUGUUCCUUGAUCAAAAUCUUGACAUGAAUAAGAAUGCUGUAUAUAUGGAUCCGUAUGUGUGUGUGUGUGACGGUGUGAGAUGAUAUACAUGCAUUUACCUAUUUUCCCCC